AACCAAUAUUUUUGCACUUUGUUUCUUUCACAUUUACUUUUUGUACGAAUUUUGUUGUAAUUUUCAAUGAGUGAUAAAAAACCACGAAAAUUGAGUGAUGCAUUUUCACGGGGGAAGAGCAGCGGACAAUCUAUAAGAAAUCAGCAUUACCGUAGCAAUAAUGACAAAUAUUCCAAGAUUGAGGAAAAUUCAUCAGAUCGUUCAUCACGAUCGCAUUCAAACCAUUCAAAUCAGAAUAAGACCCUGCAGAGAUUGCAAAGUCAAAAAUCGGAAUUCCAAAGAAUGAGCUGUGACAUGCUGAAAGCCCAGGAGAAGCUCCAGAAUGAGUGUGCGCUUCUGCACAAAGAAAAUCAAGAAUUGAAAAAUCUCCUUGGAGAGAGGAAUGCGGAAAUUCAGGAGUUGACGCUAAAACUGGAGGAACUGCAAAACAGCAAAUUGUCCAGCAAGCAUUCGAGAUUUUUCAGUUUGAGACACAACUUUCAGAAUAUCUUUCAGCGAAGACGCACAAAGGAUGAGCUCGUUAGCAAAAAGAUCCUCCAAAAUGAACCCAAUUUCAGGACAACACUCGAGAAAAUGGAAAAAGACACCGACUUCAGGAAUGUCCCGCGAGUCCUCGUAGAAGCUGUGAAGGUUAUCGAAGCGAAUUUCAUGAAUGUAAUCGGUCUUUAUAGGGUAUCCGGGAAUUACGCCAUUGUACAAGAUAUGAGAUUUCAUAUAAACAGCAAUGACUACGAAGCAUUGCGAAAGCAAAAGGAUCCCCACACAAUAACUGGCAUUAUAAAGCUCUUGUUCAGGGAACUUGAGGAGCCACUAAUAUCCCUCAAACAUCUCGAUUUUCACAUUGAUGACAGCAAUUUUCUCGCCCUUAGUCGAGAAUAUCAAAUAAAGCAGGUUCUAAGUCUCGUAGAAACCCUCCCACCUGUGUACAGAGACACGCUUCAGUUCUUGAUGAAACACCUCAACAAAGUCAUCCACUUUCAAGGGAAUCAAAAUAAUGCCCAUUCACUGUCUGUUGUCGUGGGUGCAUGCAUCUUCUAUGAGCUGCUCUCUGAUGUUGACUUUCACAUGAACUUGGCUAAAUGCACCGUUUCCAAUAAAUGCAUUGAAAUUAUGAUUGAAGAUUAUUCAGCAAUAUUUGAACAAGUGUAGUUACCAAAAAUAAGAUAAUAAUUUUAAUAAAAAGUAAGAAAAAGAAUUAUUAAA